AAAUCAGUGUCGUGAAUCAUAUCACAUCUUGAGUUGAGUGAAUCGUUAUAUCCCUACUUAUGAGCUGAACGUGGUGUCAGUCUUAAUUUUACACUUGACUAAAAUUUCUGGCUUUCGAUGGAUUCGAUCACUGCAGAAAGUGAAGUGUGUGUGUGUGUUGUAAGGCUGGUUUAGUGACGGAUGCUGUAAGUUGAUGUGCUGUUGACCAGCAGCUGUGCGCAUUCACAGAGCUUGAGCUAUUAUUGUCCUCGCUGGACUCCAGUAGGCUCUGCUUGAGCGAGCUGACAGGAAUGUGGCCUGGAAACAUUCCCACCGCAUGCAUUCAAAUACGACCCCAGCUAGUGGACAAGAAGUGCGUCACGGUCUGGAUGGAUUCUUUAUGUAACAGCCGCUCGCUCCCAACACGUUCAGACGCUGACCUCUGCUCACAGGGAGUCCGGAGGGGACGCGCGUGCUAGCCUCUCUAUGCCCACAUCACACUUUCUUCAGUUUCACCGCGUCCAGCGGCGCGUCUUCAUGUCUUUGUCCGGCGCUGUCCAGCUCGACCUGGAGGUCACCUGACAGUCUCAUGUUGUUUUGUGAAUUUAGUUCAUCGCUAUUCUUAGCAGCGCUUUGUGCUGAGGAAGAGCGAGCCGCGGGCUGGGGAGGAUGGGAAAGCGCACGGGUGCAAAUGCUCCGAUGCCCAGCUGGUCGUCACCGGAGCUGGACCCCAGCCAGAUCCGUCUCAUCGUCUACCAGGACUGUGAGCGGCGCGGCAGGAACGUCCUUUUCGACUCGGAUGCCAGAAAGAGAAGCACGGAAGAUGCCCCGGUCACGAGGGUGUGUGGAGAGGCACAGGCGAAGAUGUUUGGGAAGUGUUGUCAGCUAAGGCCUACAGGCGGCAGCUGCAGUUCUCUGGACAGCAGCUCGUCCUGCGCCUCCGAGCCCAAAGAACAAAACCGCUUCCAGGGCUCCUCACGGUGCUCAUCAGACGCUAACAUGCUCGGAGAAAUGAUGUUCGGCUCGGUGGCCAUGAGCUACAAAGGCUCAACGCUGAAGAUCCACCAGAUAAGAUCUCCUCCGCAGCUGAUGCUCAGUAAAGUGUUUACAGCGAGAACGGGCGGCAGCGUCUACGGCAGCCUGAACACACUGCAGGACAGUUUAGAGUUCAUCAGUCAGGACUCCGGCGCGAUGCGGCCCGAGCAGAACACCGCCGCCAAUGGCUUCCUGGGCAGCAUAGGUUUCUCUCAGCUCUGCAGCCCGCGGCGGGCGCUCUCAGAGCAAGGCCCUCUCCGUCUCAUCAAGAGCGCCUCUUUCUUUUCAGGACACAGUAACCCCAUGGACAUGCCAGGCCGAGGACUGUAUGAUGAGAGAGACAGCGGCAUCGCCCGCUCUGCGUCUUUAAGCAGCCUGUUGAUCACCCCGUUUCCAUCGCCGGGCUCCUCUCUCACCAGCAGCUGUGCUAGUAGCUACCAGCGGCGCUGGUUACGCAGCCAGACCACCAGCUUGGAGAACGGCGUCUUCCCUCGAUGGUCUGUGGAGGAGAGCUUCAACAUGUCUGAUGAGAACAGUGGGCCGAGUCUGGGCGUUGCCAGGAAGAAGAAGAUCGCUAUCGGUGUCAUCUUCCUGCUCUCGCCCAACGAGGAAGAAAACGCCAAGUUCCAGGACUUUUUCUUCUCUCACUUUCCACUGUUUGAGAGUCACAUGAACAAACUCAAAAGUGCCAUUGAGCAGGCUAUGAUACUGAGCCGCAGGUCAGCUGAUGCCAGCCAGAGAGCUUUGGCUUACAGUCGCAUGGUGGAUGGCCUCAAUGAGUUUAGGACGACCAUCUGCAACCUGUAUACCAUGCCACGUGUGUCUGAGCCUGUCUGGCUCACCAUGAUGUCCGGUCCACCUGAAAAGAACCAGCUUUGUGGCCAGUUCAUGAGGGAGCUGGCCCUGCUCAUGGAGCAAGCCUCCAAGAACCAAUUCCUCCCAGCGCUUCUCACUGCGGUUCUCACAAACCAUCUCGCCUGGGUUCCCACGGUCAUGCCCAACGGUCAACCACCCUUAAAGAUCUUCCUGGAGAAGCACUCCUCACCGAGUGUGGACAUGCUGGCGAAAACGCAUCCCUACAACCCACUCUGGGCACAGCUUGGUGACCUGUACGGGGCAAUCGGCUCACCUGUGCGUCUGUCCCGUACGGUGGUGGUUGGCAGACGACAGGAGCUGGUGCAGCGUCUUCUCUAUGUGCUGACCUACUUCAUCCGCUGCUCAGAGUUACUGGAAACGCACCUGCUGGAGAGUGCCGUGGACGAGGCCAUCGUGAUACCCGGCUCGCUCAUCACAACGUCGCUGCGCCGUGGAGAGGUGGAAGAGUCUGACUACGUGCUGGUCCCCGUGCACAAGCCGAGCCAAGACUACCUGUCUCCGGGUGCCGAGGCAGAGGACGGCUACCCCUCUGAUGACAACAGCUUACAGAGCAGCACGUACAUGGACACAGAGGCCCCAGACGAGCACAAGCAUCCGCAUCCCGCCAUACCAGAGGCAGACCUCGUCAGAGACGUGCCCGUUUGCAGAGAGGCGGGGAGUCCACAGCUCGAGACUCGACUGGAAACCGUGGUCAAAGUCGGCUCCAGCUCGCCGUGCGAGAGAAGAGCCUCGCUCGAGGUUCAAGGGGAUGUGCGGCCCGAGGUGGAAUCUGGUGGCGUGCCCAUCAGGAUCUUCCAUCCAUCAGAUAUCCUGCUAGAGAAGAAGCCCCCUGACAAGAGCUUUGAUAACGCCGGGAACGAACCCUCCGCUAAAGUCACAUUCCUCAUCGGAGACUCGAUGUCUCCUGAAUCUGACAUGGAGAGUCGACAGCAAAAACUGGAGGAGGAGAUCAAGAAACACAAGAAGCUUCUCAAAGACAACCAGCAGAAGCAGUGUAACGGUGAGGCUAAACUUCAAGUGGACCAAAUCAAGACCAACGACAGCAAAACAGGCUCGUUUGUAUCGUCCUUGACUAGAAAGACGUCUCAGUGGUGUCCAAGAGCGCAAGGGGACUGCGUGGACAUGUUUGACGAGUAUUUCAGUGAUGACAAUCCAGUGGAGACGAGGACUAUUGGUGAUGUCUACCAAACAAAUGCACAAACGGGGAUGAAAGGCAUAGGAAAAGAUGCCCCAAACCUGCAAGGCUGCCAAGUUAGGGCGCACAGACAGACCUGCGAGCGGCUGGACAAAGACGGGUGUAAGUGCGACGCAGGAGACAUCAGCGCGGGCUGCUGUAAAACCUGCUGCUCUGCCGAGCAGGACAAGGGGAUCGAGAUGUCGCUGAGUGUCCCUUCACAAGGCACCGUUGGGGAGAAAAAGAAAUCAGUCCCGCUGAACGACUGGGAGAUCCCACGCAACGAGAGCUCGGACAGCGCGCUGGGGGACAGCGAGAGCGAGGACGCUGGACAGGAGCUGCCCAGGCAAGAGCCCGAUGGGCCGUUUUACGGGGACGAGCAGGCCGACUGGCAGGAUGAGCUCGAGGUGCCUUUACCUGGGGCGAAGCUGGUGGAGAACUACUCUAAACCGAGCAUUGCCAACUUUGGGAGGUCGCUGUUCGGAGGAUACUGUCCUACGUACGUCCCAGACUUUGUUCUGCAUGGAGCCCCCAAUGAUGAGAAACUGAGGCAGAACCUGGUGUCGGAUCUGGCCCAUGCUGUGCAGCAUCCUGUGCUGGAUGAGCCCAUCGCGGAGGCCGUCUGCAUUAUCGCAGACACCGAUAAGUGGAGCGUGCAGGUGGCCAGCAGCCAGAGACGACCCUCCGACAAGCUGGGCAAAGAGGUGCUCGUGUCCAACCUCGUGUCCAACCUGCUCCAGUCCACCUACCAGCUCUACCGACUCAACCUGUCUCCAAACUUCGUGAGUGCAACUUUCUCACGUUUCUUCUGCUUUAUUUGAUUACUCGUCAGCACGUCUGUUGGGAAGCAUUGACUAGUGGUCGACCAAUAUGGGUUUUUUGACAGCCGAUGCCGAUAUCUUGGAAAGCAG